AUGGCGCGUUCAGGAUAUAAGUCCUUGAAGGACAACCAUUCCGAUGAGCAGUCUACAGCUGGAUCCGAUGAGGAACUUGAACCUUUACACCAUGCGAUCCCCCCGGAACCACGGAACGAUGAUACAGACACGCCCCUGCAGAGUGACGACGAAGACGACGCCAACUUGAAACUCCUACCUUUACAGCCUAAGGAUCGCUCGAGACCCCGUCGAUUUCCGCGAAGAACCGAAUCCGAGGCUCUUCCAUUGAGCGAUGUUAGUUCACUUCCCAUGGACAAUGACGAUCCCCACGAUGUCGGCAUGCGCAUUGAGCAGCUGCUUCACAAAGACCAAAAGGAGAGGAGGUUGUUGGCCGAGUCAUUCAAUGUCGAUCUCGAAGAUGCAGAAUCAACGCAUGUCCUCAGUGAUGUCGAUAGCGACGACUAUGGAUACCCGGCGCAUAAGGACCCCUAUACCGAUGGUGGACAAAAUCGCAACCUCAGAUCCAAAAUCCAGGCCGUGGUACACCGACGACCGUGGUGGCAAAUAUUUCUCUUCCUGGCAGGAGGAGUAGGCUUAAUGUGGUUAGCUGCUAAGGGCUUGCGAUGGACGAUGGGCAGCUCUGAGUCAUUAGCAGAAUUCUCCUCUGUACCUUGGUACCCGACUCCCCUGGGAGGUACGGAUGCAGCAUGGCAAGAGAGCUAUGAAAAGGCAUCCGAUAUCGUCCAGCGGAUGAGUAUCACAGAGAAGGUGAAUGUCACUACGGGAACCGGUUGGAUGAUGGGCUUGUGCGUUGGAAAUACUGGUCCCGCUUCGUCCGUAGGCUUCCCAUCACUCUGCCUACAAGAUGGUCCGCUAGGUCUUCGAUAUGCCGAUAAUAUCACCGCUUUUCCAGCUGGCAUCACAACUGGCGCGACAUGGAAUCGUGAGUUAAUGCGGGCACGGGGAAUUGCGCUCGGUCGGGAAGCUCGUCUUAAGGGGGUGAAUGUGAUACUUGGACCUUCCAUGGGUGCAUUGGGAAUGAUGCCUGCUGGUGGUCGCAAUUGGGAGUCGUUUGGGUCGGACCCCGUUCUGCAAGCUGUAGCAGCGUCAGAGACAAUCCGAGGAAUUCAGAGAAAUGGUGUGAUGGCAACUGCCAAGCACUUUGUUUUAAAUGAACAAGAACAUUUUCGCCAAUCCUUCGAAUGGGGUAUUCCAACAGCAUCGUCAUCCAACAUUGAUGAUCGUGCAUUACACGAGGUCUUCGUUUGGCCAUUCGCCGAGAGCGUUCGAGCAGAUGUAGCGAGUGUCAUGUGUGCUUACCAAAUGGUGAACAACAGCUAUUCCUGCGAGAACAGCAAGUUACUCAAUGGGAUUCUGAAGGAUGAACUUGGCUUCCAAGGAUUUGUACAGUCUGACUGGCUUGCCCAGCGCUCUGGUGUGCAAAGUGCGUUGAGUGGUCUCGACAUGAGCAUGCCAGGAGAUGGGUUGCGCUGGACAGACGGCGAUGCACUUUGGGGUCCUCAUUUAACACGGGCCGCACUGAAUAGCUCGGUUCCUAUGGAGCGACUGAAUGAUAUGGUUACUCGUAUCAUCGCGGCCUACUACCACUUCCGACAGGACACAUGGGAUGAAGAGCCAACACAGGGUAAAGUUGGCCCCAACUUCUCCUCUUGGACCCACGAUAGGAAUGGGAGUCUUCACCCUGGGAGCCCGGACGAUGAAACCAAUGAGAUUGUGAACUACUAUGUCGAUGCCCAGGGUAAGGAUCCUCAAUCACAUGGCAACAUCGCUCGCAAAGUAGCGGCCGAGGGUACUAUACUUCUAAAGAACACCGAGAAUACUCUGCCACUGUCGCGCACCGUCUCAGGGUCCACUGGAAAGUACCGUGUUGGUGUUUACGGUGAAGAUGCUGGGCCCGGUCAAGGACCCAAUAUCUGUGCUGAUCGCGGCUGUAACCAAGGAACCUUAGCUUCUGGCUGGGGGAGUGGUGCGGUUGAUUUUCCAUAUCUAGUCAGCCCGUGGGAAGCCCUUCAGUCUGCUUGGCCGUCCGACUCAGUAGAUAUACGUGGCCAUUUGACCAAUAAUGUCGCAGUGCAGGACUUACUGGAUCGGGAUCUAUGCAUUGUUUUUGCCAAUGCUGAUGGCGGCGAAGGCUUCAUUAAGAAUGACGGCAUCGACGGAGAUCGCAAUGAUCUUUAUUUGCAACGGAAUGGCUCUGCCUUGAUUGAAGGAGUGGCUCAGUACUGCGGCAAAACUGUGGUCGUCGUGCAUUCAAUUGGUCCUGUCAUUCUUGACUCUUGGAUUGAUCUUCCAAGCGUACACGCUGUCUUGUAUGGCAAUCUUCCGGGUCAGGAGAGUGGCAACGCCCUUCUGGACGUUCUCUUCGGCGAUGUCGAUGCUAGCGGACGUCUACCAUACACUAUUGGACGUUCACUAGAAGACUACGGACCUGGAGCACAGAUAGUGUACCAAUCCGACGACCUCGUGCCACAGGUGAAUCUUCACCAGGGUCUCUAUGUCGACUACAGAUAUUUUGACAAGUACAAUAUCACGCCGCACUUUGAAUUCGGCUUUGGACUGUCAUAUACGACCUUUGAGUUUGUUUCGAUAGACGUCCAGCCCCUGCAAGAAAAGUCACGGCUACCUAAAAAGCGACCUGAAAACGUGAUCGACCCGCCAAAAUAUACGGACAGACCUGAGAGCCCUUCAUCGUCUCUCUUCCCCUCUGAUUUCAAGAUCCUUCGCAAAUACAUCUAUCCAUAUCUCGCCUCUGAAGAUGGUACCGAACCCGGUUCUUACCCCUAUCCAGAUGGAUAUGACAGGAAACAGUCCCCAUCUGCUGCAGGCGGCGGACCCGGAGGAAACCCAUACCUUUACGAGCCCAUGCUAGAGCUUUCUGUGGAGAUCAAGAACACAGGCACCAGAUCUGGAAAACAGGUUAUUCAGAUAUACGUCUCCUUCCCCACUGAUGUCGUCGAAAGUCGAGGACUAGGCAGGGGCGUCGAGUCAAUUGAGUUUCCCAAUCGGGUUCUACGCAACUUUGAAAAAGUAUCUCUUGAUCCUGGCGAGACGAGGAUAGUUAAUAUGACUUUGACUCGAAAGGAUCUGAGCUACUGGAGUGUUCGGGCUCAGAACUGGGUGCUUCCCACGGACAAUACGUUCCGUAUCUGGGCGGGAAGUAGCUCGAGGGAUCUCCCUUUGAUGGUUGAAUUCUAG